GAAGGGAGGCUCCCCGCAUUCAGGAAGCGGGACUUCCACAAUCAGAACAGUUGGGGGUGGAGCCCGAGCACCUGUGGUUUGGUGUGUUUUCCCCACCCCCCACCACGCCCCAGGCGAUUGUGAGGCUGGGUCGAGAGCGAGAAACGCGCAGGAGCUCCCCGCGUCUGCGCCAGACCAGCGCGAGAAAAGGCGCUAAGAAACUACAGUGACACUGAAACUGAAGGAGAGAUUUUUAAUUCCUUCGUGCAAUAUUUUGGUGAUAAUUUGGGGCAGAAAGUUAAAGCUAUGCCAUUAGUCGAAGAAACUUCUUUACUGGAAGAUUCAUCAGUGACUUUGCCUAUGGUAGUAAUAGGAAAUGGACCCUCAGGAAUCUGCCUUUCUUAUAUGUUAUCAGGCUACAGACCAUAUUUAUCAUCAGAAGCAAUGCAUCCAAAUACAAUCUUACAUAGUAAAUUAGAAGAAGCAAGACAUCUUUCCAUUGUUGAUCAGGACUUAGAAUACUUGUCUGAGGGCCUUGAGGGCCGAUCAUCCAAUCCAGUUGCAGUACUUUUUGACACACUUCUUCAUCCAGAUGCUGACUUUGGUUAUGAUUAUCCGUCCGUUUUGCAUUGGAAAUUAGAACAACAUCAUUACAUCCCUCACUUAGUUCUUGGUAAAGGUCCACCUGGUGGAGCUUGGCAUAAUAUGGAAGGUUCCAUGUUGACAAUCAGCUUUGGAAAUUGGAUGGAGCUGCCAGGACUUAAAUUUAAAGAUUGGGUAUCUAGCAAACGAAGAAACCUAAAAGGAGAUCGAGUUAUGCCAGAGGAAAUAGCUCGCUACUAUAAACACUAUGUAAAAGUCAUGGGUCUUCAGAAGAAUUUCAGAGAGAAUACUUACAUCACCUCUGUAUCAAGACUCUACAGAGAUCAUCAAGAUGGUGACGAUGGACAAGACAGAAAUAUUUCAACACAGCAUUUACAGAUAGAGAAGUCUACAUUUAUCAAGAGAAAUUGGGAAAUCAGGGGUUAUCAGCGAAUAGCGGACGGUUCCCAUGUUCCCUUCUGUCUCUUUGCUGAGAAUGUAGCUCUGGCAACUGGAACAUUGGAUUCUCCUGCCCAUCUGGACAUUGAAGGGGAAGAUUUUCCUUUUGUGUUUCAUUCAAUGCCUGAAUUUGGAGCUGCUAUAAGCCAAGGAAAGUUGCGUGGCAAAGUGGAUCCAGUGUUAAUUGUAGGUUCUGGGCUUACCGCAGCUGAUGCGGUACUGUGUGCUUACAACAAUAAUAUUCCUGUGAUUCAUGUAUUUCGCAGACGGGUAACUGAUCCAAGCUUAAUUUUCAAACAGCUUCCCAAAAAGCUUUAUCCAGAAUACCAUAAAGUCUAUCAUAUGAUGUGUACUCAGUCAUAUUCUGUAGACUCCAAUCUUUUAUCUGAUUAUACCAGUUUUCCUGAGCACCAUGUGCUUUCCUUUACGUCGGACAUGAAAUGCAUUCUUCAAAGUCUCUCUGGAUUGAAAAAAAUAUUUAAGCUUUCUGCGGCAGUAGUACUGAUAGGUUCUCAUCCCAAUCUGUCUUUUCUGAAGGAGCAAGGGUGUUAUCUGGGCCAUAACUCAAGCCAGCCAAUCACAUGUAAGAGUAAUCCUGUGGAAAUAGAUGCAUAUACCUAUGAAUGUGUUAAAGAAGCCAACCUCUUUGCAUUGGGUCCUUUGGUUGGAGACAAUUUUGUUCGAUUUUUAAAGGGAGGGGCAUUGGGUGUGACAUGCUGUUUAGCUACAAGACAGAAGAAAAAGCAUUUAUUUGUUGAAAGAGGAGGAGGAGAUGGGAUAGCUUAAAGCGAGUUUAUAAGUAAUUUAUAUGGACAGUUAACCAUUAAAGAUUUUUCAUAGUGGUUUUGCAGUGUGCUGGCUUGAAUUUUCUGGACGUGAAUGAACUGGAAGAGAGCCUCAAGCUAUGGUAACUAUUUAAAGUUAACAAGAAUUUGGUGUCCUGAUUUAUAUUGUAUCAAAGGUGUCACUGUCAGACAAAUAGAAACACUGCCAAUCUGGUAUACUUCAAGCUUUCACUUAACUAAAACAUUAUUUUCUUCUAAGACUUAUUUUUUGUGAUCAUUUGUGGUUAUGUUUGAUUCCAGAAUCUUACAGCCUUGAAUAAUCUGUAAAACCAUACAGUCUGUUAGGCCAGAAAUCAUCUUCACUAUACUUUAGGUCACCUCGCUGCUCAAGGGUGGUCUAAAGACCAGCAUUAGCUUCAUUUGUAGCUUGUUAGAAAUGUGGACCCUCAGGCCCCACAACAGAAUUAUUGAAUCAGAAACUGCAUCUAAUGAGAUCCUCAAGGAAUAUGUAUGCUUAUUAGCUGGAGGCACAUAGGUCGAAAAGAAAGUGUGAUAGAAGUUAUGUAUGCUGGGGGUGGGCAGGGUAGGAGGCAUUUAUAACUCAGGUUUAAUUUAUUUUGAAUUAUCAAUUUCUAUAAAUCUAAUUUAUUACCAAAUAUGGUAUUUUAAAAAAUAUUUUUAUUGUUGAAACCUUGAUAAGUACUUCAUAUUCUUAGCUUCUAAUAAUUUAAACAGUCCAAUAAUGUUGGCAUACACUUAGACAUUCAGGAGCCUGCCAAGAUAUUUUUGGAGAUUUAUUCUCUAACUAGCGUAACAAUCUAAUUUGCAAUUCAAUAAAUUGUGAAUGAAACUAUCCCUGUGUGAAUAUUGAGUUACUUUGUCAUUAAAACUAACAUUUGGGCAUAAAUACUUCUAUUAUAAUCCUAUUUGGGUAUUGCUAGAAUUAUCUAAGGUUAAAACCUGUCUUUCCCAUUCCCACGCUGAUUACUUUCAAAUCUGUUCAUUGGAGAUGACAUAGUCGGUUAUCGUAUGGUUAUUUAUUGAAUUAUAUGCCCUAUCUUGAUUUAUAUUUAUUUAGAUGUGCUUAAUGUCUAUAUUUUCACAGAAGUCUCCAGAAUUUGUAGUAUUAGGCAAAAAAAGUUUGAUUUCUGAAGUUCUUCAUAGCAAAUUGAAUUUCUCAGCCUUCAUUUUUUUUUUUGUAAAAUUUAUUUCAUCUGGAAUGUGUUCACUGAAUGUUCUUUUUUCCUUGGUAUAAAAAAGACUAAAAAAUA